AUGUCGCUGACACAACACAAGCUGCGGCAAAAUGACAUACAGAUUGAGCUGAGACACAGGAAUAUUUUGCGGACAAAGCUAACUGUAAAUGAACUUUUGGACCUUCCAUCCGACACCGUCGCCUACGAAAGUGUUGGUCGGUGUUUUCUGAAGCAGCCGAUGGAAAACAUUUAUGGUGUUUUGCAAAAAACCAUCGAGAAGUCUGAAGAAGAAAUCAAGAAUCUGCAGAGCCAGGAAGAUGCCUUGCAUAGGAACUUAAAGGAAGCUGAAGACUAUCUCCGGGAACUUGUUCAGGCGAAAAAAGCGUCGGUCAGUGCGGAUUAG